AUGUCCGCAGCCGCCAACGGUUUGGACGUGAUCGCGCACGAGGACUGGACCUCGCGGCUGCGCGGCUUCUGGGACCUGAGCAUAGCUGAGGUGAUGCUCAGGCGCGGGGCCCAGGAGGAGCGCACGUCACGGGCGCGCGGCUUCUUUGGCAACGCCCUGGUGUGCUUGAAAAAGGCGUGCCAAUUUGAGUGGGCCAUGCUGAAGGGCAUCGCCCGCUGCGACUACGCCCCGCUGGCGAUGACGGUCAACGGCGUCAUCCUCGGCCGCAACAAGCGCACGAUGACGCGCGCCUUUGGCAGCGGCGCGCUGCAGUACCAGGCCAUCGUGGCCGUCAAGGGCGGCGCGCCGCUGGCCGCGAAGGCGGCCACCAAGGCGGCGGCCGCGGCCGUGCCGGUGCUGGCUACUGUUGGCAGCGACAUGAGCAAUUUGAGCUACAAGCUAGGCGUGCCGCCGGUGGCCUGCGCAUCCAGCGGCGCCAGCUACUCCAGCGAGGCCAGCGGCAGCCUGGGAGGCACCUCCCCUGUCUGA